AGUAUUUCCCCAGCGUCUGGUAACGCUGAUAGAUUUUCCCCUCUACUCAGUAUACAUUGACUCCCUGUCCCUGAUGUGUGGUAGUGGUAUUAUACAAGUAUAAGUAAAAACAAGUUCUGCUCCCUGUCGUAAGAAACGCCCUGUGCUCGAGUAAAAAAGUGCAAUGUUGUGACGAUAGGUUAGCAUCAGUGGCCACAUUUUAUCCUCCUGGAGCAGAAUCGCGCAAUAUAAUUCUUUUUUUCGUCUUCAUUUUGAUUUUCAUAAUCUUUUCCUCCUGUUCCUCCUCUAGGUCGUUGUAGCUUGUGCUGCUUGGGGUUUUUCUUCUAUCUUUUGCUUUUCCACUCCCACCUCAAGGAAGUGCGUGAUGUCAACAAGCGGCACGACCGGCAACGCUCGCGUUGCCAACGUCGCUGGGCAUGUCUUAUCGUGCAGCGCAGCUGGGCCCUCUUCCUCGAGUUCGAAAGGCGUCGCUCCUCCCGCUUGGAAUUCGUUUUCUAUUGUGAAGGACUUGAAGUGGAGCUCCGGUACGGGAACUGUGAAGCUACAGAAUUUCGUCAACGGAGAAUGGUGUCCGACAUCCAAGACUGUUCCAGUAGUGGAUCCCUUGAAUGGCGACGCAUUUAUCCAGAUGCCGUUGACGGAGACGGACGCAGAGCUACAACCCUUUUUGGACAGAAUGCACGCGGUACCGAAAAGUGGGCUGCACAACCCGCUAAAGCAAGUGAACAGGUUCUACAACUCGAACUCAUAUGAGGCAAGUAGUUUGACGUGCCAUUAUCAUGGGUGUUUUUUUAUUCUUUCAUGUCUUGCAGCUACUUCUUUUUUAUUUUGCAAGAUAGAACAGGAUCAGGAACCAAAGACCAUGUUAUACUUCCAAGGAAAUGCGUCCGACUGGUCUCCUGUAGCUCUAACUCCUUUCUGACAGGUACACAAUGUAUGGGCGGAUUAGUUUCUUGCUUGCGAAGGAGCUGGAAGAUGGACGCGUUAUUGACCAUUUUGCGCGUCUGAUUCAGCGUGUAGUGCCCAAAAGCUACGCGCAGGCUUACGGUGAAGUAUCUAUCGUCCACAAAUUUCUGCAGAAUUUCUGCGCGGAUCAAGUUCGUUUUCUUGCCAGAGGAUUUCACGUAUUAUAUGUAGCUACAGCAUCAGGAUUGUGACUAUCCGGCACUACUAUCAGACGAGGAGGAGAUAUCCACUUAUUUUUCCCUUUGAUCAUCAGUGAUGUUGAAUUCGAUGUCGAAUUCGAUGCUGGAAGAUAGGAGAUGAGCGCUCUCGUCAUGAAUGGUAUAAUUUCUUGUCUCCGACCUCGGCGUUGUUUUUUUGUCAGGUUUCCGGUGACCAUGACGGACAGCAGUCGCAGGGGUACCGCUUCCCUUUCGGCCCCGUUAUGAUCAUCGCUCCAUUCAAUUUUCCUCUCGAAAUUCCAGUUUUGCAGUUGAUGGGCGCGUUGUACAUGGGUAACCACGUGACGAUCAAGGGCUCGGAGAAGUGCUCUAUUGUGCUCGAGGAUUGGAUUCGUUUGAUGUUGAAGUGCGGAAUGCCUCCAACUGACGUGAACCUGAUCCAUGGUACGGGUCCGGGCACUGCCAAACUCGUUGAUGUAGCGUCGAAAAGCAAAACGCUGCGGGCGAUGCAGUUCACUGGUAGCAACACGGUUGCAAAAGCAGUGCUACAAGCGACGGGAGGCAAGGUGCGAAUUGAGGACGCCGGGUUCAAUUGGAAAGUCAUGGGACCAGACGUGCGGGACGUUGAUUAAGGUUGGUGAAAUAAGUGGCUGAUACUCCUAAAAAAAAAACGAGUAAAUCUCGUCCUAAAUAACACGAACAGCUUGCUAAAGGAUUUCAUGUGUCUAAUUCUUACAACAAUACAUUGCUUUUUAAGUACUUAAAGUCGUUUCAUCUUUACUGACACUUGGACUUGGAAGUUCUCUCUGGAGAGUCGUUGCUUCUAAUCUUCAUUCGUCACAUGGAUGUGCGACCAAGACGCGUACGCAAACUGUGGGCAGAAGUGCAGCGCGACUUCGAUAUUAGUUGCGCACUCGAACUGGAUGAAGGCUGGUCUCGUGGACAAGCUCAAGACCAUUGCUGGUGAGCGCAGCCUGGGAAACCUGUCGAUCGCGCCCGUUUUGACACACACCACAAGUGGGAUGCUUGGUCAUGUCGAGGCCUUACUGAAGAUCCCGGGUGCGCGCUUGCUCUUCGGCGGGAAAGCGUUGACCGGACACAGCAUUCCGGCUGUUUACGGUGCGAUUGAGCCUACAGCGGUUUUCGUUCCCUUGGCGGAGAUCCUGAAGCCGCAAAACUAUCCUUCAGUGACAGCGGAGAUUUUCGGACCGGUGCAAGUCAUCACAGAGUGGAGCAGCGAGAACAACGAGUUAGAGCGUUGUGUUAUCCCUCUCUUGGAGCGCAUGGACAAUCACCUCACUGCUUGUGUCUGUUCGAACGACGAGGCGCUCAUCCAGAAGGUGCUGGGCUCCAGUGUCAACGGUACCACCUACUGUGGCAUUCGCGGCCGCACGACCGGCGCACCGCAGAAUCACUGGUUCGGACCGGGCAACGACCCCCGCUCCGCCGGAAUCGGCAGUCCAGAGGCUAUCCAACUCGUGUGGAGUGGCCACCGCGAAAUCAUCCGCGACAUGGGACCUGUGCCAGAAGGGUGGACUCGACCAAAACCCACAUAAUAAGAGGGUCAGAUGUUGAGUCUAUUAAUAUCAACACUAGACCAAGACCGCGUGGAAGCUACCAAGCCAGCCAACUACACAAAACGAACACUUCCCCAUGCCCAUCGCCUUGCCCUUCGCUCAGGCGGUCGCGCUUUGCAGGCGCCUUGCCCUCCGCUUCCCGUGCCUUAGUUCUGAGACACAGACUCACGCUGCGUGGGCUCCGCUCCCGCGAUGAGUCUUAUUCUUUCGGCUUUGGGAGCGCUUUCGUCACGCCCAUGCACCCUCAGCUUCGCCCCCCUUCAUCGGUGUGCCUCCUUUGUGUCGUUGGCCUUUCUGCUCUGUCGUUGGCUUUCGUGGGCGUGGGUUUAAUGUUGGCUCUGAUGUGUUGCGCUUCUGUGUCAUAGCCUUGGCCAGGUUCUUCGACUGAUACGAGACAAGACGAGCGCAGUUAAUUAACUUGACAGCAGCGCAGGCGCAGGGGUAUCGUCAUCCCUGCGCUAGCCUGUGAUAUCAACACUAGAACGCGCCACACCAUUACCCUUCUUCUGCUGAAGAUGGUACCCUAAUUUUUUCUCGCUUACAACAAUUAAUUUUUUAAUUGAGCAAAUCAGUUCUUUUUUAAGGUUGUGACCAGCUCAGGCUCACUCGAUCAAUCCAUUGAUGAAGAGAACAACGAGAAUGAAUUUCUGCGCAACCAUUUUUUUAUUUAGCGUCAAACUCAAAGUCAAAUCUUCAUCGAGUUCGACAUCAGUAAAGCAAGAAUAAAUAAGGGUGAAGGCAAAACAGUGUGCCUGACCAAACUUCCGCGUACUCACUGUGGAAGAAAGUACAACCAGCCUAAUGAUGAUCUUCAAUCUCGAGGAAUCUUUCGGUUUUUUGGGUGUACUAAAAUUUAGGUGUCAGAAGAAGAAACAGGACCUCUUGUGCUUCUUGCGGUUUCGCUUCCUAGUAACAUUUUCCUUCAACAUCUCUUUUUCACCGGGCUUGCGUCCUCUACUUAGAAACAUGCCUUCGCGCCUACGCCUUCGUACUUUCGUUCCUCUCCAUCAGUAAUAGAUUUGCGGCUUGUCGUCGUAGCAAUCUCGUGCUUACCGUAAUUUGGCUCACCUCUUUCUCUUGUAUUUUUCGAGCGACUGUCUAUGCAUGAAUAAUAUUCAAUAUGAUCUGUUUGAGCUUUUACGUUGGG